AUGCGUGACACUUUAUCUUCUGGACCACAAACAACACUUUGCUGGGAGCAAACUAAUCUCUACCUGCGCAACCGGACUGAAGCGCGAAGGAGACGAAGUGGCUGGAAUAGGCGGAAGGCGAGCGAGCGGGAAACUUCAGCUACUGCAUACUAUAUCAUGCCCAUACUAUGUAGAUACCUCGCCAGGGCGCACUUACUCCAGGAAGUGCGACUGCACUUGUUCGCUGUCUCCUCACUCCGAGUCAUUCUAAAAUCUGGGGACCAAGAGAUUGCUGUGUUGGACAAUUAUACCGGGAGCCGAGUUGCAUCAUGGCUCAACCCUGUCUACCGUGUUAGAUUCACGGUAACCCUGUGUGCACUUCCGUCUACCGCGCAGCCUAGUGAGAUUACUGUCGACCUUUACAUGCAUGCACCAGAAACAGCAUUGGCGCUGUACCGACCUCGUAUACUAUGGAUGCUUCCGGACGCUGCAAAGAAGCGUCUGCCGUAUUCGCAGUUCCUGGUGGAUCAACAGCCUCCCCCAGAAAUUGAGGCACGCAAUGCAUGUCAUGGACUGGUGUAUCGCUCCGAUUUGACUAAAAUCCCAUUUGAAGCUUUAGUAUUACGGCGCACAGAGGACUUCCAGUACCAUGAGCAGCUCGUGUGCUGCAAACAGCUAUCUCAUGCAGCCCCUUGUCUCUCCUGUCGUCAAGGUCAUGAAGAUCUAUGCCGGUUCUUAUUUCUUCGAACCUUGGUAUCACAUGAUGGGGUUAUAGUCGGGCUAAGUUUUACAGACAUCCAACCGGCGACAUCUUUGCAAAAGCGAACUGCGUGGCAUAGUCCUCGGGAUACUGAACACAUUCGGCACCUUCGGUCCUUUAUUGCACCUGUCCUUGCACCCGUUCUGCAGCGCGAGGCGGAGCAUUUACUGGAACCAAAUAUUUUGACACACACUCGUCAGGUGGAUUAUCGUGUCAUCUGCGAUUGUUGUGGAGCAUCUAUUUUCAGUGGUGCUUGGCUGUGCCGCACUUGCGGUUACGAGUCAUGUUUUGCGUGCUACGAGGCCUUGGCCAUUCAAAAUUCCAAGUGUACUUCUUCGUCACACGACCGCGAACACUUCUUACCAGUCACCUGCCUCUCCAAUGCUGAAGUCAACCAAACCCUAGAGGAAAUUAGUCAAACGUUAUCAACACUAUCAACACCACCUAAAUGGAGCCAUCCCGUUCGGUCAGAGUUUGACGACUUCCGUGGAGCUAACCUCAAGGUCAGAGCCUACAAGAUUUCGGAGUCGGCUGCCACGACGAUGACCGAGGCGGCUUUCCGGACUUUAUGGGCCCGGGGAGAACCUCUACUAGUGACCGGUGCCAGCAAUGGGUUGGAAUUGCCGUGGGAUCCAGCUUACUUCCGCCACAAUCAUGGGGAGGAACUUGUGACGGUGGUAGAGUGCCAGAGUGGGGAAACUGAAGAAAUGACGAUCCGCCAGUUUUUUGAUCAGUUUCAAUUUGGCAAAGCACGCCCGCGCAGGAAAAUCUUACCGUUGAAACUGAAGGAUUGGCCACCCGAGGAGCAAUUUGACAUCAAAUACCCACAGCUCGCAACGGACUUCAUGAGAGCAAUGCUAUUUCCAAAUUAUAUGUGUGGCGAUGGUGUCUAUAAUUUAUGGUCGUAUCUUCCUUCCAACAUAGUGCAUCCAGAUCUUGGGGCAAAAAUGUAUCUGGCAUACGCCAAUCUCAACACAGCCGAUAAGGUUCAGGGGUCCACCCGCCUCCAUUUGGAUAUGACUGAUGCUUUCAAUCUCUGUGUCUUUGCUGGUGAAACAAGCUCCUGUGAACCGGGAUACGCCACAUGGGACAUUUUCCCAGCGGAUGUUACCCCUGAACUUCGUCAAAAACUCGAUCCCAUACAUGGCCAGCAUCUUUAUCUCAACGACCAGAUGCUGGCAGAGUUGGCCAAUGGCGGCAUUUUCAGUUACCGUUUACACCAAAGACAAGGUGAUAUGGUGUUUAUACCUGCAGGCUGCGCUCAUCAGGUCCACAACAUGAGCGACUGUAUAAAGAUCGCUAUGGAUUUUGUAUCCCCAGAGAAUAUUCGUCGCACCGUUGCAGUAACUAAGGAGUUUCCUGUUAUCGCACAUAUGGAGGAGGUACUUCAGGUUCAGACAAUGCUAUGGUUCACCUGGGUAUCCACUCAAUUGCAGACCUAA